AUGUUACGAGAAAUUCUUUUACGAAUUUCGUUCCGGUGCCUGACGAAAAUCGACACAUCUCGAGUAGUACCUUCAUCAACCCAUCUACGAAUGUUUUGUGCUAAAAUAACACAAGGACUACCAGUUAAUUCCGGGGUAGUUGAGAACGAAGAAGGACAAAGCUGCGGAGAGCAUAACUACGAGGAGCAGCUAAAAGCAUUGAUGCCGUCUGAAGAAAUUUGGAAAAUGACUCCCCUCAAGCAUCACAAAAAGCUCAAAGAUAUUAUCAGCGAAUUGGAGAUUUACGCGUACAUGGGAACAUUUAUACCGAAAUCCCUGAAAGAUGACGAUUGGUUGCAUAUGCUGAAUACAACUGAAUCCGUAGCGGAACGAGUUUCAUUCCUCGAAUAUCUCGCUAUUAAACAUCGUCGACAAGAAAGGGACAAAAUGAAGAAAUCUACCAAACAGGAGCAGUUUCUAGCUGAGUUGGAGAAGGAGAAGCAAAAGUUUGCGCGUGGUGAGAUGGGGUAUGGUCCUGAUCUCUAUCAGUUAGUCCAUAACCCGUUACGAAAUAGGAAAAAGGUUCACGCUGUACAAGGUGCGAGGGUUUUAUCGACUAUCCGAUGCAAUGACCUUCCUAAGAUCGCCUUCGAUCUACAGUACAUGUUCAAGGAGAAGCCUCGUAUCCAGUCCGAGUUGGGCAACCAAAUGCAGUACGUUAUCAGUGAGAAUUUCGACUCGAGGACCCCCUUGCACAUAAACUUUGUGAACUUUCCGAACACGGACGACUCAAGGAAAUGGCUGGAGAAGUCUGUAGGUUUUUAUGGUGGAGAGUACACACACCAAACCGUCCUUCCUGACUUCACUCCCAAAGGUGUGAGGGAAACUUUUCCGGAUGACGAAAUUGUAUACAUUUCAAGACAUGCAAAGGAUACGUUAGACGGACCUUUGAACGUUGGAGCUAUUGCUUUGUGUGUGUCCAUGGAUACAGCGAGAGAAGCUCUUGGUGCAGCACGUCGUGGACGUAUACGAGCUGUUAGACUACCUAUUCAGAGAUAUGUAAAAUGGCAACAUGGACCGAUGUACUUGCCAUUUCCUAACAUCAUGCGAAUCAUUCGUCAAGUCCACAGAAGUGGAGGUGACUGGGAAACAGCUUUGCUAAGUAAUAUCAGCAAACGUCAUCUGAUAACGCCCGAGGAGAAAGAUCAGGAAGCUCAGAUGGAGAAGACGAAUCGUAGGAAAAUGCGUCAGCGCGAGAAGAAUGAGCUGAUUAAGACUAUAUGUGAGGCAACUGGACACCUCUAA